AUGGAAGGUAAUGCAGAGCGUGCGGUGAUAGAAGCUGCAAGGCCCAAUCUUGCUAAUAUGACUCAGGCUAUUGUGAAGCCUGAGAUCACAGGGCAUUUUGAACUCAAAAAGUACAUGACUGAUGAGGUAUUGGGACACACUUUUGUUGACGGGCUAGAUGAGGCCUCAAAGAUGAAUCUUGAUUCAGCUUGUGGGGUUAGUUGCAUGGCGAAAUCGUAUAGUGAAAUCCAACUCUUGCUAAAUAACUUCACUGCUACUAAUCAUAACUGGCAAAGAGAUGGGGAUUCACGAAAGGAAAUUAAACAAAUAGCAGCCAGGUUGAUUGAGCUUGAUGACUUCUCAGCCAUGAGAGCUGAUAUAGCAAAAUUGGUAAAUCAGGUGAAUAGAAUGACAAUGCAACAAACACAACAGAUGCAUCGUGUACAACAGAUGUCUCUUUGUAGCGAACUAUGUGGAGACAAUCAUAUGAGUAACAUGUGCCCCACGAAUCCUGAAUCUAUAUACUAUGUGGGGCAACAGAGCAGGGGUCCAAUGAAUCAGAACACACAAUAUGGGAACAUUUACAACCCAAAUUGGAAUAAUCAUCCCAACUUCUCAUGGGGUGGAAAUCAGCCGAAUCAGACUCAUUAUAUACCCCAAGGAAAUUUCAAUCAACCUCAGAAGCCACCUCAACAGGUAGAAGAGAGUACGAAUGAUUUGUUGAAGAAGUUGUUGCUUGACAAUCAACAGCUCAAGACCGAUUUCAGAGAUUUGGAGCGCCAAAUGGGACAGCUUACCAGUGCUCAAAACACUAGACCAGCUGGAGCUCUUCCAAGUGACACUGAAGCUAAUCCUAAGGCAUCCCUUAAUGUCGUGUCGUUGAGGAAUGGGAGACAAUUGGAAGAAGUUCAGUCGAAAAAGAGGAAACAUAUGACUUUUAAUGAGAAGCCAGCCACUAUAGAAUCAACAUCCGAAAAAUCUAAGGAGUCAGAGAAGCUAGUUGAAGAGGCGGUGGCUGAGCAACUCCCACCAUUGGUUGCAAGGCCACCACCACCGUUCCCUCAAAGAUUGCACAAAGUCAAGGAUAUCGCCGCGUAUAAAAAGUUUCUUGAUAUUUUAAAGCAGGUGCGGAUUAAUAUUCCAUUGGUUGACAUAUUACAAGAAGUACCCAAAUAUGCAAAGUACAUCAAGGACAUAGUGGCAAAUAAAAGGAGGAUGACCGAGUUCGAAACCGUGGCACUCACUGAGGAGUUUAGGCGAUCUUUAUGUGAUCUUGGAGCAAGCGUCAAUUUGAUGCCGCUAUCUGUGUUCAGAGUAUUGGGGUUGGGUGAGCCGCGCCCAACAACGGUAAUCUUACAGUUGGCUGAUCGCUCCCUUUCUCAUCCUGAAGGAGUGACUAAAGAUGUGCUAGUUCAAGUGGGGUCUUUCAUAUUCCCUGUUGAUUUCAUUAUCCUAGACUACGAGCUUGAUUAG